AUGCAGCAGCAGAUGAGAGAACAAACCACCCCUCCUGCAACACAGGACGAGGGGCCCCCCGAGGGUACGGGGGGCCCCCCCCUAGAUACACAGGGGGGGGGCCCCCCAGCCUUGGGGGGCGGGGAGGAGGGGCCCCCCUCUGCUGCGCAAGAGGGUACUCCUCUUGCUGCAGCUGAACCCUCUUCUGCUACGGGGGGGCCCCCAACAGCAGCAACAGAGGGGCCCCCAGCAGCAGCAACAGAGGGGCCCCCAGCAGCAGCAACAGAGGGGCCCCCAGCAGCAGCAAUAGGGGGGCCCCCAGCAGCAGCAACAGUGGAGCCUCCAGCAGCAGCAACAGAGGGGCCCACAGCAGCAGCAACAGAGGGGCCCCGAGCAGCAGCAAUAGGGGGGCCCCCAGCAGCAGCAACAGUCGAGCCUCCAGCAGCAGCAACAGGGGGGCCCCCAGCAGCAGCAGCAGAUGGCGCGUCUUCAGAACCGGGGGGGCCCCCCAGGGGCCCCCCACCUAGGGGAGCCCCCCACAUAGAGGGUUUGGGGGCCCCUGCUGCUGCUGCUGCUGCGGAGCCUCAUGUUUCAGACGGGGGGCCCCCCAGUGCUACUAGGGGCCCCCUGUUUGUUGUAGAGGGUACUGAACCCUCCUCUGGUGGGGGUGAGGGGCCCCCCUUGCACAGCAACUGGGGGCCCCUCGGGGGGCCCCCCAGAGGGUUGCUGGGGGCCCCCCUUCUUCUCCCCGCAGCCCGCAUGCAGCAGAUACAACAGACAGGGGGGCCCCCAGAGGAGAGGGGGGCCCCCAGCUCUGUUGCUGGGGGCCCCACCCAGGGGCCCCCAGCAGCAGAAGCCAGUGAAGGUCAGUGCAGCAGCAGCCCACUACUGCAGCAAAUGCAGGGGGGCCCCCCUAAGGAGCAGGGGGCCCCCAGGUACCCUGGGGGGCCCCCCAUCCUCCCUAGGCGGUAUAGCGGCUCGUCGCGGGGCCCCCCCUCUGUUGGGGGCCCCCCCUCUGUUGGGGGGCCCCCCUUCCCCUCGGUACCCUGCGCAGCAGAAAUACAACACCCUGAUGAGGGGGGCCCCCACCCGGGUGAGGGGUCCCCGCGGGGGCCCCCCCAGGGGCCCCCGCAGGGGCCCCCGCAGGAGCCCCAGCAAUCUGAUGAGGGGGGCCCCCAGCAGCCUGCUGAGGGGGCCCCCAUAGAACCUAUGGGGGCCCCCCGCCGUGCUGAGGGGCCCCCAGAGGGGGCCCCUCAACUGUCUGAGGGGCCCCUACAACCUGCUGAGGGGCCCCCCCAGCAACAGGUUGCUGGGGGGUUGGGGGCCCCCCAACAAGCUGGGGGGCCCCCACAAUCUGCUGAUGGGGCCCCCCAGCAAGGUGAGGGGGCCCCCCUUCACCGCAGUCCUCAUCUGCUGUUAUCAGGGGCCCUGGGGGCCCCCCAUCCUCCUCCUACCCCCUCGGAUGCCUCUCACCACCAAACACCAGCAACACAACCAGGGGCCCCUGGAACCCCCGAUACCCAUGGGGCCCCUGGGGCCCCUGAUAUUGAUGGGGCCCCUGAGGGCCCUGGGGCCCCCUAUACCCCCGGGGCCCCUGACACCCCUGGGGCCCCCUGUACCCCUGGAACCCCCGGGGCCCCUGGGGCCCCCGGGGCCCCCUAUACCCCUGGGGCCCCCGGGGCCCAUGGGGCCCCAGGGGCCUCUGAUACUGAAGGGGCCCCUGAGGUUGAUGGGGCCCCUGAGGCUUCUGAGGCGGAUGGGGCCCCUGGGACCCCAUCUUCAGCUGCUGCUGCUGCUGCUGCAGCUGCUGAUGGGUUUAAUAUGAGGACCUUCACAUCUCCUGCAGCCCCUACGGAGUUUGGGGGGCCCCCGGGGGGCCCCCAAACCCAUCAGGGGGGCCCCCCUGAUACUGUGGAGAAACCAGCGGAGGGUACUGCUGCUGCUCGCAUCCCCCCCAACAACCAAACCCACACACAAAAGAAAAAAACAAUACGGGGGCCCCCCCAGGGGCCCCCACAGGUGCCCCCCCAGGGGCCCCCACAGGUGCCCCCCCAGCGGCCCCCUGAGGAGCCCUCGCAGGGGCCCCCCAAGGGGCCCCCGCCGGGGCCCCCGCAGGGGCCACCACAGGGGCCCCCCGAGGCGUCUGCGCUGGCGGCUGCUGGGGGGCCGCCUUUGGGGGGCCCCCCAGAAGUUUCUGCAGCAGCGCAGCGACGGGGGCCCCCUGAAGGGCCCCAUGAGGGGCCCCCGCAGGGGCCCCGAAGGGGGUCUGCUGAGGGGCCCCCCACACGCAUGCAGAGCGUGAGGACAAGAGGGAGAGGCAGGGGGCCCCCACCGUAUUCAGACGUCAGCGACAGCAGCAGCAGCGAUGCUAAUGAAGCUCCGGGGGGCCCCCAGGGGCCCCCUGGGGCCCCCAAGGUAGGUGGCGUGAGGGGGGCCCCCGCUACUGUACCCUCGCUUGCAGUUGAGGAAGGGGGGCCCCCAAACCGCAACCAGCAGCAACAGCAGCAGCAAGAGGAACAGCAGAAGGAGGAGCAGCAACUGCAGCAGCAGCAGCAGCAGCAACAGCAGCAGCAGCAGCAGCAGCAGCAGCAGCAGCAAGGCGGCAGCGUGAAGGGGGUCUUAGCCAGCCUUUGGAGUCGCUUCCGCUGGGGCCAGGCUCAACCAGAGCAGCAGCAGCAGCAGCAGCAGCAACAGCAGCAGCAGCAGCAGAAAGAGCAGCAGCAGCAGCAGAAAGUGCAGCAGCAGCAGCAGCAGCAGCAGCGAGAGCCUCACCACCUCCGCCGUCCUCGGCGCGUAAGCGGAGCAUUCGGGCAGCUGAAAGGAGACACAAAGCUGCUGCAGCAGCAGCAGCAGCAACAGCAGCAACAGAAGGAGCAGCAGCAGCAGCAGCAGCAGCAAAAGGAGCAUCAUGGCCACUGGAAGGAACAGGAGCAGCAGACCCAAGAGCAGCAGCAGCAUGAUGUGCAGCAGCUGCAGCAGCAGCAGCAGCAGCAGCAACAGCAUGAGCAAGACCAUCAGCAGCAGCUGCUGCAGCAGGAAAAGCAGCAACAGCAGCAGCAACUGCUGCUGCACGAGGGGCAGCAACAGAGGCAGGAGCAGCAGCAGCAGCGGGGAGAGCAGCAUCAGCAGCAUCAGCAACAGCAGCAACAGCAGCAGCAGCAGCAACAGCAGCAGCAGCGAGUGUUUCACGAUAAGAUAGCGGGAUCGACGGAACAUGCAGCAGCAGCAGCUACAGCAGCAGCAGCAGCACCAGCAGCAGCAGCAGCAGCAGCAGCAGCACUUUGCCCCAGUAGUGGCGCCCUAGCGAGGCGGCGAGUCCGAGGCCCCCUUUCGCAGCAGCAGCAGCAGCAGCAGCAGCAGCAGCACGAGGUGCAGCAGCAGCAAGAACUGCAGCAGCAGCAUACUCUUGAGCGGCCGGAGAUAUAUGCACCAACAGACAGGCAGCCAGGGCUGCUGCCUGCUGCAGCUGGUUAA